AUGUGCAAAGUGGAGAUGAGUACCCUGCCGUCCAUGGCCCCCGUUGACGCGCAGGUCACCAAGCCCACGUUUAUCAAGGCAUUCGAGCCCCAGCAGGAUUUCCACUGGACACCAACAGACGAGCCGCAUGCCACGCGUCGGAAGCUCAUUAUGGCGAAAUACCCCCAAGUGAAGAAACUCUUCGGCCAUUGUUGGAAGACCAAGUACAUUGUAGCCGCUACGGUGCUCCUGCAGACAUGCUUGGCGCUCACUGCCCAGCACAUGUCGUGGCCAAUGUACCUCUGCGUCCUCUACGUCAUCAGCGGCACAGCCAAUCACGCCAUGAUGAUGGGGAUGCACGAAGUCGCCCAUAAUCUCGGCUUUAAGAAGCCCCUGCACAACAAACUGCUGGGCGUCGUGGCCAAUCUCCCGCUGGUCGUGCCGUCUUCGACGUCGUUUAAACGGUACCAUCUUGACCAUCACCGGUACCAGGGAGUCGACGGCGUCGACGUUGACGUCCCAACGGUCCUCGAGGGGAAGUACAUCAACACCAAGUUGACCAAGUUCCUCUUCGUGUGUUUCCAGCUGUUCUUCUACGCCCUCCGUCCUCUCUUUGUCAAGUACAAGGCUCCAGGUUUCUGGGAAUACGUCAACCUCGCUACGUGUUUCAGCUACGGUAGCGUUAUCUAUGCCUAUGGCGGUCUCUCGGGCCUGCUCUAUCUGCUUCUGGGCACGGUGGUUGGCUCCGGAGUUCACCCCGUUGCUGGCCACUUCAUUGCCGAGCACUACGAGUUCGUGCUCGGCUACGAGACGUAUUCGUACUAUGGAAUUCUGAACCGCGUCACGUUUAACGUGGGGUUCCACAACGAGCAUCACGACUUUCCGUUCAUUGCUGGCUCACGACUUCACGAGCUGCACGCCCUCGCGCCAGAGUUUUACGAGAACCUCCCGCGCCACACGUCGUGGGUCAAGGUCAUGUACGACUACAUCAUGAACGACAACAUCAGCGCAUUUUCGCGUGUGAAGCGCCUCGACCCCAUGAAAGACGUUGAGGGGAAGCUGAAGAAGAGCGAGUAA